AUGUCGGCAUUGAUGGUGAAGGAGCUAGAGCUGAUCGAGAAGCUCCGAGAUAUGAAUUUGGGAUUACAUAUCGAUAAGAGGAGAAGGUCGCUUGAGUUUGAGGCAAGUGACCAUGUAUUCCUCAAGGUUACACUGACAAUUGGUAUUGGGAGAUCUCUCAAGUCGAGAAAGCUGACUCAUAGAUUCAUCGGGUCGUACCAGAUCACGAGGAGGAUUAGACCAGCAGCUUAUAAGAUUUCUUUGCCACCUAACCUGGAAAACCUGUACAAUGUCUUCCAUGUAUCACAACUGAGGAAGUACAUUGCAGAUCCCACGCAUGUACUAGAGGAAGACGAUGUUCAAGUAUGCGAGGAUCUAACAGUUGGAGUUGGACCAGUGAGAAUCUUAGAUUCUCAAGUCAAGCAACUCAGAGGAAAGUAG